UGGUUUCCGCCAUUCCCCAAGCCCAAAAAUCUCUCGUCCUCACCAUCUGCUGCUCUUACAGCCAUUGCAUUAUUAUCCUCUAGAGAGAGGAAGCCUGCGGUCACUGAGAAUUGAAUAUCCAGAGAGAGAGCCUCUGGUUUUAGCGAUUUCAAAAAUUUCCCGAGAAAAUGGCUAACGGAUCCGGUAGAGUUGAUCUCGACGGGAGGCCGGUAAAGCCGAUCACGAUAUGCAUGAUCGGCGCCGGAGGUUUCAUCGGUUCCCACCUAUGCGAGAAGCUGAUGUCGGAGACACCGCACAAGGUGCUCGCUCUCGACGUCUACAACGACAAGAUCAAGCACUUACUCGAGCCUGAUACGCUUCCCUGGGCCGAUCGGAUCCAGUUCCAUCGUAUCAACAUCAAGCAUGAUUCCAGGCUUGAAGGACUUAUCAAGAUGGCGGAUCUGACAAUAAAUCUAGCUGCCAUCUGUACUCCUGCAGAUUACAAUACGCGUCCUCUUGACACAAUCUACAGCAAUUUCAUUGAUGCGCUCCCCGUGGUUAAGUACUGUUCAGAGAACAACAAGCGUCUCAUUCACUUUUCGACUUGUGAAGUGUAUGGAAAAACUAUUGGAAGCUUUCUUCCAAAGGAUCAUCCUCUGCGUCAGGACCCUGCUUACUAUGUUCUCAAAGAAGAUACUUCCCCCUGCAUUUUUGGUUCUAUUGAGAAGCAAAGGUGGUCAUAUGCCUGUGCAAAGCAACUGAUUGAGAGACUCGUCUAUGCCGAGGGUGCUGAGAACGCACUCCAGUUCACCAUUGUGAGACCGUUUAACUGGAUUGGACCUAGAAUGGAUUUCAUACCUGGCAUUGAUGGCCCAAGUGAGGGUGUUCCUCGGGUCCUUGCUUGCUUUAGUAACAACCUUCUACGCCGUGAGCCUCUCAAACUUGUGGAUGGUGGACAAUCCCAGAGAACUUUCAUCUACAUCAAGGAUGCAAUCGAAGCUGUCCUUUUGAUGAUUGAAAACCCGGACAGAGUCAAUGGCCAUAUCUUCAAUGUAGGCAACCCAAACAAUGAAGUUACGGUGAGGCAACUCGCUGAAAUGAUGACUGAGGUGAGCAACUCUGAAAAUCCGGAAAUCACAUCCGAUAAGAAAAGCGUUCAUAUUGCCUCAAAGAUGUUAGAAAUAUCAUGCCAGGUUUACUCGAAAGUCUGUGGAGAGCCGGCCCCCGAGAAUCCGACGAUAGAUGUUAGCUCCAAAGAAUUCUACGGGGAAGGCUAUGAUGACAGCGACAAGAGAAUCCCUGACAUGACCAUCAUAAACCGCCAGCUCGGAUGGAACCCCAAGACGUCGCUAUGGGACCUGCUGGAGUCAACGUUAACGUACCAGCACAGGACCUACGCGGAGGCAGUGAAGAAAGCAGUGUCGAAAGCUGUUGCUUCCUAAGUGGACACACACACACAGGGGGCUAAACAACCCUCCUCAUCUACCACAUUCACAAAACCCCCCAAAUGUCAACAAAGUGCUUCUUAAAAUACACGCAAAGACCAUUUUCAUAACUAUAUAUAAUUUGUUUUUUUUGGGGGGGGGGGUUGUUUUGAAGCAAAAUAGUGUAUCUUGUUUUGGUGGUUGAUUGAGUACUUUGAUAUGUUGUUCAUUAUGGUCUUCAUACACCCUGUCUGUGUUCAUCGGUGUGGGUGUGGGCUCUUUCCAUAUAUUGUAUCCUUUUGGAAGCAAAAGGUAUUGGUUGUAGUGGUAUUGAUAUUUUUUUUUGCACCUUGUAUUGUCGCUCAGUCUUUCGGGGCUGGGCAGAAAUACAGGAUCUUACCGGUAUUUAUUGAUA